AUGGGAGCGAUUCGUCACGAAAAUUCGCCAGAAUUUGUAACGCUGGCGAAGGAUGACGCCAAGAGCAUCGAACUCGAACAGCCGCAUCAGCGAGAUUCGCAGCAGCGCAGAGAGUCGCAGCAGCGAGAGUCGCAGCAGCGAGUCGUCAUCCCACCUGCGAGCCUUAGAGACGAGCUCGUCGACGCCGUCGCUCCCAUCAAGUCGCUCCUAGACAUUGACGACUUGUUAGACCACCAUGACGGCCCGUCGCGCGAAUCCCGGCGCGAAUUGCGGAGCGGAUCCGGGAUCGGAUUUCGAAGCGAAGGGUGCGGAUCUUAUCUGGAGCGCGUCAGGCGCGCGCUCUUCCACGUGUUCCCGAUCCUGCAGUGGCUGUCGGAGUACAAGCUGACGUGGCUCCCGGGUGACGUGGUCGCCGGCUUCACCAUCACUAGUCUCGCCAUUCCCCAGGACCUGGGAUACGCGCAACUGGCCCACGUGCCUCCAAUCAACGGCCUCUACGGCAGCUUCAUUCCCCCAACUGUCUAUGCCAUAUUCGGCACAUCGCGGCACAUGGCCAUAGCACCAGUCGCCAUCGUCUCGCUCCUCAUGGGAGAGCUCCUCUCCUCGCACUACAACCCCGAGUCCCAGCCCUCCCAGUACCUCCGCCUCGCCUUCACCUCCACGUUCUUCGCGGGGGUGUUUCAGCUCGCCAUGGGGCUGCUGCGCCUGGGGUUUGUGGUGGAUCUGCUGUGCCACCCGGUGGUUGUGGGGUUCAUGGGGGGAGCGGCGGUGACGAUUGGGCUGCAGCAGCUCAAGGGGCUGCUGGGAUACGCGACCUUCACCACGAAAGCCAACGUGCAGUCGGUGUUGGACUAUGUGUUCAGCAACACGUAUCUGUUCAACUGGCGUGCAUUUGUCAUUGGCAUGGCGGUGCUUCUCUUCCUCCUCUCGCUCCGCUUCCUGGCACACCAUUUCAAGCCCCACCCCAGGCUCGGCAAGCCCCUCUUCUACCUCAACUGCCUCGGCCCGAUCCUCGCAGUCACCGCCACUUCCCUCGCCGUCUACCUCCUGGGCGGCGGCAACAAGCCCCCCUACAACAUCCCCACCGUCAAACCCCUGCCAGCUGGCAUCGCCUCCUUCGGCUCGCUGACUCAGCUCCAGCUGUCGGGGCCUGAUUGCGCGGCCGCUGCGUCCAUAGGGAUUGUCGCGGCGCUGAUUGCAUUGGCAGAAGCAGCUGCGAUUGCGAGGAUGUUUGCGACUUUGGAGGGUUACAAAGUGGAUGGUAUCCGCGAGAUGGUCGCUCUUGGCAUGGCCAACAUCGGAGGCUCCUUCUCCUCGACUUACGUGGUUACUGGGUCGUUCUCGCGGUCAGCUGUCAAUUACAAUUCCGGCGGGAAAACCGCGCUGACCAACGUGAUUAUGUCGGCGCUCGUUUUAGUAACGCUCGUUGCAGUCACGCCCGCGUUUCAAUACCUCCCUACAGCCACCCUCUCUGCAAUCAUCAUAGUUGCUGUUGCGGGAUUGGUGGAUUUUACAGCCAUGGCCCUUAUCCUUAAAACAGACAAAGUUGAUUUUCUCAUCACUCUAGGGACUGCUCUGGGGAUUCUUUUUGUCUCCAUGGAAAUCGGACUCCUUAUAGGCGUUCUCGUUUCAAUGGUGAGUUUUUUCGUACAGGUGGCGCGCCCGAAGAUGCCGACUCUGGGGCUUAUAAAGGGUACAGGGGUGUACCGAAGUGUGGAGCAAUAUGGGGAUGCGGAGGAGGCGGAGGGGGUGUGGGUGAUGAGGGUGGAUGGACCGCUGCUCUUCCCCAGUGCGAGCUAUGUGCGGCAGCGAGUGUUGAGAGCGGUCGAGAGGAGUACACGUGGCGACGAGAAGAGAAUCACUCAUGUGGUGUUGGAAUGCACGUCAGUAACCGACCUUGACACAACAGCCAUCCAUGCUUUACAAGAUCUCCUUAGCAUGUUGCACCGCCACCAGGUACAGCUAGUACUGACCAACCCAGCCACAGUGGUUCUAAGGAAGCUUGCACUGUCUGGGUUUAUGGAGGAGUUGGGUGAGGAGUGGCUAUUUCUCUCUGUUGCAGAAGCAGUGGCGUUUUGCCAGUCGGUUGCGAAGAGCGAUGGGGUGUAG